GCUUGCAGUAGAUUUGAUCUCAACAACAGUAGUUGUUGUAUACAAAACGCCAAUACCGUUAUGUGCCGGAAGGUCGAUUCUAAGUCAUGACUCGGAUAACUAUUCUAUAGUCCGAAGUUGUGAAUUAUCGCACUGAAGCUGCCUUGAAAAGUCGAGAUAUGCGUUGCUGUUAGUUAUAUUGUUACGACUGAGUUUGACUGUAUUAUGCUCAGUUUGUGUUAUUUGUUAUUUUGAUACAGCUGCUUAUAGUUGGCUUUUGUUCUGGAUAUGAACCACGAUUGCUGAAGGCAAAAGAAGCGACAUCCGCUGUGAAACUGAGAGAAGAGUGCGUCAAUAUUCGUUCUGACCUAUCGGAGAUGCUGUUAUACGUAACCUUGGCUCUGAUUGGUGUAUUUCUAUUGUGCGUUCCGCUCAAGGUGACUUCCGAAUACCAGAUCUGUAUAAACAAGAGCACCCCUGUGAUGACAGAUGAGCAACGACUUUAUACCGUUCUUAUGAAAGAUUACGACCGGAACACCCGUCCCGUUUUUAACGCCUCUCACCCCGUCAACGUCUCAGUGGGUAUCACCCUGACGCAGAUUUUUGAUGUAGACGAAAAAAAUCAGGUAAUCACAACAAACAUCUGGCUCGAUCAGGAAUGGAAGGAUGAGAAACUUACAUGGGACCCUUCCCAAUACAAUGGCCUCUCGGUCCUCAGAGUCCCAUGCAAGAGUCUGUGGCUCCCCGAUAUUGUCCUCUAUAACAGUGCCGAGGACUACACACAAGGCUUCAUGGAGGCGCUAGCGAUGGUUUCACAUAAUGGAAAUGUUUUCUGGCCACCGAUCGUCAAGCUCCGAAGCACAUGCGCAAUAGACAUAACAUAUUUUCCGUUUGAUGAUCAAAUAUGCCGAAUGAAAGUAGGAUCAUGGGCGUACGACGGAUUUCAAGUCGAUGUAUUCAACAGAUCGAACAGUAUAGACUUGUCCAACUUUGUCAGCAAUGGAGAAUGGGAACUCAUUGGUGUUAAGGCCGUUCGCAAUGUCGUCAAGUACCAGUGUUGUCCAGAAUCUUUUCCUGAUGUGACGUUCACUUUACACAUCAGUAGGAGGACAUUAUAUUAUACGUAUAAUGUCAUUAUUCCUUGUGUCAUGUUGUCAAUACUGACGUUGCUUGGGUUCUGGAUGAGACCAGACAGUGGCGAGAAAGUGACUUUGGGUUUAACGGUUUUAUUGGCUUUUUCUGUGUUCAUGCUGCUGAUUGCUGAAAAUAUGCCUGCCACGUCAAGUUUUGUUCCACUCAUUGGUAUUUACUUGACCACGGUAAUGGCGCUUACCUCGAUGUCCGUCAUUCUAGCAGUUGUGACUUCAAAUAUCAACCAACGUGGAUUCAAAGAGACCGAUCUACCAUCUUUCUUCAGGGGAUUCGUCAUAUUUCUCAGCAAAUCCAUGUGCAUGAAACUCGCGCAUAUUAAUAAUGACAAUCUGGACGAAGUCAAAUUAGAACAAAUUCGAAACGGCAUGCGGGAUAAUUAUACACGACAUAUGAAAACUACGUUUUCGAACGACUCAGGCUGUAAUUUAAUAGAAUAUGAGAAUGGCGAGCCUCGGGCUUCAGGUAACGCAAAUGCAAGAAUAAAUCAAGGAGAUCGAAAUUGGGAACUCCAGGAAAUUCUUAAUCGUCUUCAAAUUCUUAUUCAAAAGGAAGAAGAGAAGGAGAAAUCAGACGCAUUGGCAAAGCGUUGGAUGGAAGCUUCGGAAGUCAUAGACCGGUUUCUGUUUUGGGUGUUUGUUUUAGGAACUGUUAUUUCUUCCGUAUUUCUGCUGAUGAUAUAUCCAACUAUCAAAAAAGUGUCAUUAGAUAGCUGAGACAAACCAAUGAUGUCACAGGGCAAAAUCAUACGUCUUCCUUGCGUUUGUUUUACGCGUGUUUGGAUUAUGUGACACGUGGGUGAUUUCAUAUACGGAUUACUCGUCAAAUGUCUGUCGAUUUUUCAGUGAAGAUUUGCGCGACUCGUAAAGAGCCGACAUUUUCGACGAGGACUCGUCACAAUUUGUCAAUUUAUGAUGGGUAUUUAUUUGAUUCGUUUUCGAUUUUCGGUGUGCUUUUGCAUAAUGUAAGAAAACACAUUUUGCAAGACGGAUGAAUGUGACUUGUCAAAAUACAUCAUCGGAAUCCAACUAAGAUUAAUGUGAAUCGUAAAUAAAUAUCGGCAGUUUCUGAGGUGGAUUUACCUACAUUUUGUAACACCACACUGUAGCCAUCAUCCAACUUGACGGUCUUAUUACAUAAUUUGAAUAUGAUCGUACGGUAGACUUUAUGUUGGUGGUGAAACAUAUUUAUGCAUAAUAUGUAUGUUUUUUUUCUAGAUACGCACGAAUGCACUAUUACCAAAAACAAGCGUUGAUAAAAACUUUACAGUCUCAUAUUCAUUAGAAUCCAUAUCGUUCCUUUUUAUACAAUUGCAGCAGUCCCAUUUGUUUGUUUGUUUGCCAAAAGUGCAAAAUGCCACUUCAAUACAAUUUUUAGAAAUAAAGUAUAUUCUCGUUUUGUUUUGCAGUUUUCUAAUAGUACAUAUAUAAUGAAUGAACGAUUCCUAUUGAAGUGGAAGUAUCUUUUAUAUAUGAUAGACAACGCUUGGUCAUCAUUUCUUCGGCCUAUUGCAUCAUUGUUUUGUCAUGAUCAAAAAUCGCACUUAUCAAGGACAAAAUCACGCCGGCAUUAACGGGAUUUAAUAGCCUAUAAAUAUUCGUUCUUCCGCUUCAUAAUAUUCUUCCUUAUCGCGAAAUAAUCGCAAUGAUGAUUUCUUGGUUCUGUCGUUGACUUCAGCCAUUUUGGUAAAACAACUAUCAACUAACAGAUCAAUCAGUAGUUGCUUGGUUUCACUUCCGCUGUUGACGUUGAUGUAAUUUCCGUUUUUGCUUAUCUUGUAUUCAUUACAUCGAAUUUACAUGGUAAUGUAAUCAAAGCCAGUACAGUUUGUGUCGAUAAUAAUGUUAAAAUGAGGAAAUACGAAAUGCUUAGAAAUGAUGCAAAACUUAACUAAAGAUUUCAGAUUAUACAUUUGUCUUUUCUAGCUUUUUGCGCACCCCUUUUGUUGGUUAUCAUGACUUUGAUAAAUUGAUUGUAUUCAAGACAAAAAUGAAAUGUGAUUCGGUCGUUUGUUUUCUUCUGUAUAUUGCAAUUUGCGAUUUGGAAACAACAAGGUUUUAUCUCAAUAAGAACCGGAAAUUAUUUCAAGUGGAAAGUAUUGUAAAUCAAACAAUACCCCAUAUAUUUGAAAAAAGAACAUUGCAAUUACAGAAUAGCGAUUAGAUUUGCGUCCCAGGUUUGGUUUCAAUUUCCUGCACUGGUGACGUUUUCCGGAAAUCCGUCUUUGCUCUGUUUUUUAUUAUCCUCAGUUCGAACAGAUCAAUUAAAAGAAUCUAAGUUUUGCAUUGAAUAAUGAGAGUAGUACACUCUGGAGAAAACUACAUGGUUAAUCAAUGGCCAAGUGUAAUGCUUGAUUAGGAGCUUGAGGGUAACAGAUUACAACGCCGUGUGAUGAUGAUAUCUCGACUUGUAACUUAUGUUCUUGUAUUUAAUUGUAAUAUACAAACUAACAAUUUAUAUAUUCAAUAUAUCAUCUCCAUUAUUUAUUUCAAUCACUGUCAAUGAUAAUCAAUAUAUCAUUUCUCCAUUGUUUAUUUUAAUUUCAGUUUAUUCUAUUGAUAUUCUAAGAACAUUUCUUCAUCACUAUCUCAAUGACAAUAUUGUUUAUAUAUCUAUACAUGUAGGUGUAGGGUUCAUGUUAUAUAGACGUUUCUUUGUCAGUUAAUAACAGAAUGCGCCUGACGAAAUAUGACAAAGUGGACUUACUGCUUAAAAUAAUUAAUUAUACCAUUCUACCAUAAAGUAAAACGUUGUUUACGUACCAAAAUAGAUGAUUAGCUAUUAUGAAUUAUUGUCAGGUUUUUAUCACACUCAAUCAUGAAAUAGGUAAUUAUCAUCAACACAGCAUCUAUACGAUUAAAGCAGGCGGUAUUCUUUGAGAGUUGUUGAUCAAAUAAUAGGAAGUAACUCUGUUUAAGGGGCGUCUAAACAGCGAAUCCAGCCAAAACAAUGAUAUUUUACAAGCCUUUAAAUUCCUACUAUGGUGCAAUUUAACAAAAGUAGCAGAAUGAACUUCUAGUAUGUAUCAUGGCAAACCGUGUGACUUGCUGUUGACAUGUUAUUUGUUAAGAUGUUUGUAAAUUUCAACAAAACAUACGAAAAAUGCAUGUUUCUGGGGGCAUAAUUAGCUCAUUGGUAUCGCAUGUAUUACACAAACUCGCCAUAUCAUUUUGCUUACUAUUGUCUAAUGCGCAAAAUAGGAGCAUUGGUGUGACCCGAUUUGACUUUAUUAUAUGUAUCAAUACUGUUGUUUUGACCUUGAAAUUCAAAUGGUGGUCGUGAAUGAUUUUACGCAAAUGUGGCAUAUAAGCAGGUAUUUCAAACAUCAAAAAUGCUCGUAUUAGACAAUAUAAAGAAUUCUAGAAAUUGCAAAAAGACUGCUUUUAGAAAAAUAUGUGCAACCGUUGAGUUUGGUGUAAAAUAUGCUUAUUUCUGAAAAAGGCCACAAACUCACCAGAUUAACAAUUAGACUUUAAAAGGCCCUUCUUACUAUGAUUAGAUUCUUAAAAGUAUGAUAUAGGAGCAUUUUUAUUGAUUGAAUAAAUACAUGUUUUACUCACAGUCACCAUGUGCAUUUCAAGGUCAAAACAAGAUAAGCGUUUAUACUUACAUGAAGUAAACUCCGGUCAAACAAAUGCUCCUAUCGUGUGCUAUAGACACUUGUGAGCAUAACACCUUGGCUUUUUCAGGUUUGGUUAUUUGCGUGACUUAGACUUAUUCAAUGCUACAUCUCACCAUAAAGUUACUCCAUAGUAGAAACUGAUAGCGUCUACCACAAAUUAUUGGUGAUUGUAAAAAGCUAAAUGUCCUAGCAAACAUUUUGGUAUACAACAUGACUAUUUUUGAGCAAAUCUUUAGAUAUGUAUUCGUGUUUGAAAUUAAACAUUGUUCUGCUAUAUAGAUGACCCUUAAUGUGAUUGUGAGAGAGGUUUACUACAGGAGCCCGAGCUACCUGGAAAGACGAGAGUUUAUCUCACGAUAACGUGAUAUUACUAAAUCAGCGACAACAUAACAUAAAUGGGUUCAUUUGUCUCGUGUCUAUGUUUAUUCUGUAUAGUACAUAUAUACUUCAUUUCUAAUCCCGGGUGUUUUAAUCCGGAAAGAAAUUGAAUUGUAUAUUUAUAUUUUGUUUAGACACUGUUCUCUUUGACAUAACCCGAGCUAUCUGGGGAGACGGACGUUUGUCUCACAAUAACGUGAAAUUUCUGACUAAAUAGGCGACAAAAUAAUGUACAAUGUAUAUUAGGUUCAGUAGUCUCGUUUCUAUGUAUAUUUAUGUCCAGUUCUGAUACUGGAUGUUUUAAUCUGGAAAUAAAUGAAAUUGUUUAUCAAUAUUUUGUUCAGCCACUGUUAAUUACAUUGCAUUAUUAUUUCUCUUUGGCUUUUUUAGAUUUAUUUUCACAUGGAUUUGAAUUUGGGGAAGUGCCAAUAGCGCAUCUCCACGAUAAUUAGUACAUUGUACGAUAGAUGUUCAUUAUCAUUUCGAUAAUUAGUACAUUGUCCGAUAGAUGUUCAUUAUUAUUUCGAUGUAUUUUGCCUUCAAAAUUUAUCUUUGUUCUUCGUUCAUCUGCAUAUUAAGUACAAAAUAAGGCUAAACCACAUACUAAUUAAAUUGAUUUUAAGGUAACAGUGCUGAUACAAUUCCGUGCUACAAGCAGGAAUCAUUGUCAGUUUACGACGUUGUUUUUAGCUGCAGGGUAUUCAUCACGUGUUGCCAAACCAGCAAACUGUGUCAAUCAGUAAAUACAUUAUGUAAAACUA